GGGCCCCGCUCCGCUCCGCUGUUGGGGCUCGGGGGCCGCCCUCGGGCUGAGGCAACGGACCUGGACCGGGCGCCGGGGGCUUUGCGGCCACCCCACCCCACCGACGGGAGCGGGAACACCGGCGCGACCAGGAGGACGAGGAGCCGCCGUCGCCGCCGCCGUCGCCGCGUGAUUUGCUCGUAAAUGCAUCGCAGACAGGCAGCCCAGAAUGAAGAAAGCAAGCAGGAGUGUUGGCUCAGCGCCCAAAGUGUCUGGGAUUAAUAAAAUGCAAACAGUAGAGAAAACCAAACCCGAAAACGGCUCCUCGGCAUCUGCGGGAAGCAAGCUUUCAAAAUCAGGGACAACAGCAUCGUUAUCUAAGACCAAAAGCAAUGAUGACCUGUUAGCGGCAGGGAUGGCCGGAGGAGUGUCAGUGACUAAUGGUGUCAAGGUAAAGAAAACCACCUGCCCAGGCUCAACUUCCUCAACCACCGGUGCUGCCAUGAACAGCGUGGAGACCAAAUCCAAGAUUAGCACAGGUACAAGUUCUUCUGCAGCCAAGCGGAGUACCUCAGCAGGGAACAAAGAAUCCAGUUCUUCCAGAGAAAGAUUACGGGAGCGUUCCCGAGUGAACUCGAGCAAAAAACUCCCUUCAUCGGGACAGGGAUCCAGCGACGCGGCGUUGGCUAAGCGUUCCCGCAGCCGCACCAACCCGGAGUCCGACGUCCGGAUGAGCAAGUCUAAAUCGGACAACCAGAUCAGCGACAAAGCUGCCUUGGAGGCCCGAGUCAAAGAGCUCCUGACUUUGGCCAAAACGAAAGACGUGGAAAUUCUCCACCUGAGGAGCGAACUCAGGGACAUGCGUGCUCAGCUGGGGAUUCAGGAAGACCGUCCCGAAGGCGACGACAGAUCGGAGGAGAAAGAAGCCAUCGUCGUUCACCAGCCAACCGACGUGGAGUCCACGUUGCUGCAGUUGCAGGAACAGAACACCGCCAUCCGGGAGGAACUCAACCAGUUGAAGAAUGAGAAUCGGAUGUUGAAGGACAGAUUAAACGCUCUGGGCUUUUCCUUGGAGCAGCGGUUGGACAAUUCCGAGAAACUGUUCGGCUAUCAGUCUCUGAGCCCAGAAAUGGCAGCCGGUCAUCAGAGUGACGGCGGCGGGACUCUGACUUCGUCGGUGGAAGGGUCUGCCCCCGGUUCAAUGGAAGAUCUCCUGAGUCAGGAUGAAACUACCCUGAUGGGCAAUCAGCACAGUAACUCCAUGGACAAUUUGGACAGCGAAUGCAGUGAGGUUUAUCAGCCCCUCACGUCAAGCGACGACGCCUUGGACGCCCCCUCGUCUUCCGAAUCCGAAGGCGUCCCGAGCGUGGAACGGUCUCGGAAGGGGAGCAGCGGGAACGCCAGUGAGGUGUCCGUCGCCUGUCUGACAGAACGGAUACACCAGAUGGAAGAGAACCAACACAGCACCUCCGAGGAACUUCAGGCCACUCUGCAAGAACUGGCCGACCUGCAGCAGAUCACCCAGGAGUUGAACAGCGAAAAUGAAAGGCUCGGCGAGGAGAAGGUGAUUCUGAUGGAAUCUCUGUGUCAGCAGAGCGACAAGCUGGAACACUUCAGCCGGCAGAUCGAGUAUUUCCGCGCCCUGCUCGACGAGCAUCACGUUUCCUACGUUAUCGACGAAGACGUGAAAAGCGGGCGCUAUAUGGAAUUGGAGCAGAGGUACAUGGACCUGGCGGAGAACGCCCGUUUUGAGAGGGAGCAACUGCUCGGGGUCCAGCAGCACUUGAGCAAUACUCUGAAGAUGGCCGAGCAAGAUAACAAGGAAGCCCAAGAAAUGAUAGGGGCGCUCAAGGAGCGCAACCAUCACAUGGAACGGAUCAUCGAGUCCGAACAGAAGAGCAAAGCCGCCCUGGCGAACACCUUGGAUGAGUAUAAAGCCACCGUGGCCGGCGACCAGAUCGAGAUGAACCGCCUCAAAGCCCAGCUGGAGAACGAAAAGCAGAAAGUGGCCGAACUCUAUUCCAUUCACAAUUCUGGAGACAAGUCGGACAUCCAAGACCUCCUGGAGAGCGUGAGACUGGAUAAAGAGAAAGCGGAGGCCUUGGCCGGUAGCCUGCAGGAGGACCUGGCUCAUACGAGAAACGACGCCAAUCGAUUGCAGGACACCAUUGCUAAGGUAGAAGACGAAUACCGAGCCUUCCAAGAAGAAGCUAAGAAGCAAAUAGAAGAUUUGAAUAUGACACUAGAAAAACUACGGGCAGAGUUGGAGGAAAAGGAGACAGAGAGGAGCGACAUGAAGGAGACCAUCUUUGAACUGGAAGAUGAAGUGGAGCAGCAUCGAGCUGUGAAACUGCACGACAACCUCAUCAUAUCUGACUUGGAGAAUACAGUUAAAAAACUUCAGGAUCAGAAACAUGACAUGGAAAGAGAAAUUAAGACUCUUCACAGGAGGCUCCGGGAAGAGUCUGCAGAAUGGCGCCAGUUUCAAGCUGAUCUACAGACUGCAGUGGUCAUAGCAAAUGAUAUUAAAUCUGAGGCCCAAGAGGAAAUUGGAGACCUGAAGCGCAGGCUGCACGAGGCUCAAGAAAAAAACGAGAAGCUUACAAAGGAAUUGGAAGAAAUAAAAUCACGCAAACAAGAAGAGGAGCGCGGCCGAGUGUACAAUUACAUGAAUGCUGUAGAGAGAGAUUUGGCGGCCUUAAGACAGGGAAUGGGAUUGAGUCGCAGGUCAUCCACCUCUUCGGAGCCGACACCUACCGUGAAAACGCUCAUCAAAUCGUUCGACAGCGCGUCGCAAGUACCAAAUCCUACUGUGGCCGCCAUUCCUCGGACUCCUCUAAGCCCAAGUCCUAUGAAAACACCCCCGGCGGCCGCUGUGUCUCCCAUGCAGAGACAUUCCAUUAGUGGACCGAUAUCAGCCUCCAAACCCCUCACCGCUCUGUCCGACAAAAGACCAAGUUAUGCAGAAAUCCCUGGUCAAGAACAUUUGUUAAGAACAUCUUCUACCAGCCGACCAUCCUCUUUACCAAGAGUACCUGCUAUGGAAAGUGCCAAAUCUAUAUCAGUGUCUCGGCGAAGUAGUGAAGAAAUAAAGCGGGAUAUAUCUGCACCUGAUGGAGCCUCUCCGGCCUCUCUCAUGGCAAUGGGAACUACAUCGCCACAGCUGUCACUUUCCUCCUCCCCCACCGCAUCCGUCACUCCGACGACCCGGAGCCGAAUAAGGGAAGAAAGGAAGGACCCUCUCUCAGCCCUGGCAAGAGAAUACGGUGGAUCAAAGAGAAAUGCGCUGCUGAAGUGGUGCCAGAAGAAAACAGAAGGAUAUCAGAAUAUUGACAUCACAAACUUCAGCAGCAGUUGGAACGACGGCCUGGCCUUCUGCGCUCUCCUACACACGUAUCUUCCAGCCCACAUCCCCUACCAAGAACUGAACAGUCAAGACAAGAGAAGAAAUUUCACUCUGGCCUUCCAAGCAGCAGAAAGUGUUGGCAUCAAAUCCACCCUGGACAUCAAUGAAAUGGUGCGAACAGAACGCCCAGACUGGCAGAAUGUCAUGCUGUAUGUUACAGCAAUAUACAAGUACUUCGAAACCUGAAUCUCGCGUUCAGUGGAAGGCUUGAGGCCUGGCAGGCAACCUCUUUCUUGCAACAUUAAUCCCAGCCCGAUCGAACGGGCCCACACUCCAGACCUUCACCCUUCCUCGAUACCAGUUGUGAACACUCCUGAAGUACUUUCGCCCGUAAAGCUUGGGACACCCAGGUUAGAAGCCGCCGUUUGUUUCUCCCGUCCCUGGAAUAGACCAAGUAUCUGACCUAAGGAGUCGUCGUGGUUACAUCUGGGUUACGUGGUAGCUGGGGGAUGUCAGGACUCGAGGCUCGUCAAGCUUUCCUACGGAAGUUUUCACGCGAACAAGACUGUUUGGGACUACUUCAGUGCUGUAGUUUAUAAAAGACUAAUUUGUCAUUAAACAUAUGCAAAGUCGGAAAACUUUGUUAGAAGACUGCAAAGGUUUAGUGAAGGUUUCGUCAACCCUACUCAGAUAUUUCACAAAAUAAGUACAAUUCUAAAUAGUCAUUGCAGAAGAAUGUUACUGCCUUAAAAGGGUUUUCCCCUUUUCCUCUGGGCACCGUGAUCUAGGAAAAUGGGUUUUUAUUCUGUUAAGCUAGCUAGAGCUGAGUGCAAAGACACCUCGACAAAAUUCGCGUACCGGAACUCGCCAAUGUAAAGUAUUCGGAUAAACCAGUGGGAUGGUCUGACUUCAGGCUAAGUUUUACCUAUUAGAAGGACUUCGGCAUAGCACACAGAGUUCUUGGCUUUCAGGAUAUACUGUUAUUAAGUGAGUUUAUAUUUAUAUGCUUCCAUUGUAAGUAAAUAUUUAAAAUGAAGAACUUUUUCCACUCUGCUCAUCCUUUUCCUCCCCUUUCUUUGCCUGCCAGAUCCCACCUUUAGAGCAUUACAGGUUUUCUUGUGUCCACCUCUGGGUGUUUGCGGAUGGGAAUCAGAUUGGUUACAGAGAGCUUCUGGAUGCAGAGUUUUCUGAAACUAGCAAUAACAGGAAAAUGAGAGUUGUUUUUGACCACCAAAGUUCAAAUUUCUUCUCAACCUAAAACUUUAAAAGAUCUAGACCUUAAGCUCGCUGUGGGCAGGGAAUGUCGACCGACUCUGUUGUAUUGCACUCUCCCGGGUGCUUAGUACAGUGCUCUGCGCCCAGUAAGCACUCAAAUACCAGAAAAAAGGUCUGAUGCCAAGCAGAGUAGGAGCUGAGAAAAAAGCAAGAGCUAGGGGAAGAGAGAGGGGGAAAUAAUGCUUUUCCAGAUGCCACCGUGGUAGCGCUUAAUAUCACCCCCGAAUUCACAUGGGGUAAGCCCUCUGGGCAACAAGAAAGUGCCUUAACUCUUCUGGAAAACUUGGACUGGCGCUCUGGGGCGUUGGGCAGAGAAGAGGCUGAUUACAUUAAGUCUCUGUUCCCUCCUGGGUAACAUCAGGUUGGCUUCUUUUAUGUCUUCCAGAAUGCAAAAAAAAACAAAACCAAAAACCCCCCAGACUCGGUGUAGCAAUGACAUUGCUUUUUACCAUCGUGCUUUUGUGCUUUUACAAGAUGUUUAGGAACAGUCCAGCCACAUCAAAAAGGCUUUAUCCUGAAAUGAAGUCUUGAAGAGGCACACUGUUAAAUUAUUGUCAGCUGGGGGACACCGUGAGCCUGCAACUCCUAAAGGAAGCCGGACGGACGAAUGAAGGAACGAGUAAGCGAGCGAGCGUCAGAUAUAUUUAACUCCACAAAUGCAAUAGUGCUCGGCAGCUACCAGGUGUCAUCAGUAGCCGAAAUGACCCCCGAAAAAAGCUGGCAAUGUGGGAAGGAAAUAUUGCAGCCUACUCUGGGCUAAUUUACUGAAGUUUUGAAUUCAGACAUAACCAUUUCGCAACUCAAAUUCAAACACAUCCUUACGUUCCAGGAAAGAGAGUGGCUGUGAGUGUGUGCAUUGUAGAAGUAGUAGAUGUCUGAUCAAUAGCUAUUUAAUUCGUGUGGGCAACACUUUAAGUCUCUGAAGUUUUUUAUUCUGGUGACUUACACUGUUUCCUCUCAGAUUGAGAGGAUUUUAUGAAGCAGCUCUGCUAAUCGCUGAAUAUACUGGAGUCAACCAGUUUGAAGACCCUGAUCAUUUUCAGGCUGUAGAAGAGAGCUGUUUUGAAAGAAACUCUGCUAAUGAAGAAAGGCUUUGGAUGGAUUGAUAUGUCAUUUUCCCCAAAUUGUUGUGUUUCUGUUUUUCGUCAGUUCGUUGUCAUGAAGUCAGAGUUGUGCGGAGUGAGUGAUUCUAACUGAUCAUGUACGUUAGACUGUCACAAACUAACAGUAGUCAGCAUCGCCUCGUUUCCCAUGUUAGCACAUGUAGGCCUUUAAGGAGGUUCCGUCCUUCUGGGCCCAGUCUGUCUUAUCUGCAGUUGUGCUUGUUUAAUUUAUGACAUUAUAUAUGUGUGUGGCGGGGGGAGGAGUAGCGGGGGGAUGAGGGGAGAGGAGAAUCCCUUUGUCUGUUCAUAAGGUAGAAUCCUCCAGUCUUAAAAUGACCGGUUCUUUAUCUUCUUGACAGUAAACCUAAUCCCAGGUUUUGCUAUUUUUUUUUAAGCCCAUUGGAGUUUAUGCACUUAGGGUUCUGGAGCGAGCUAUGUCGUACUGAUUGGAUUUUUUCAUUGGAUCACUUAAUUGAUCCACAUCACUCUUGGUUAGAUAACCUGACAGGAAAGGAAGAAGCAUAUGAAAAGAUGUAGCAGGUCUUUCCUACCCCCACUGCUCUGAAGAUAGCUGCUUAACAGCAUUCCCAGAGGUUUAUUCUCUCCAGGUAGAACUUCUGUUCUCAUUCCCUCUACAGUUUCUCUCAUCCAGAAUCCAGUGUGCAAACUGACACUACCUAAAUGUGAUCUCCCAAACAGGCUUCUUCUAGAAAUUCCUCCUCUACCUUUUAGGAUAGAAUGUUUAUGCCAUUCUUAAGGUGCAGGAGUUGGGGGGGGGGGGGGAGAAGAGUAAUAGGAAACAUAGAUUGAAAAAUAGACUUUACAGCAACGUUGUGUGGCUGAAAUCAAAGCAAUUUUUUGCUUCUCAUUGUAUGAAAAUAGAAAAAUCUUAAUGUGUACCCUUUCUCCUCUCCCCGUCCAAGAGAGUAAUUUUGCAUCUUGGCAUUCUGGCACAAGCUUUGCUGCAAAAAAGCCAGUUAUGUGAUAUUAUUGUAGAUCACAGGCUUCUGCUGUUUGAUUGUACUUUUUUUAUCUUGUAUUAAAUGUUUUGGAAAGUAUUAAAAUCGUUAAACAUGUUGA